UUUCACAAAAUAUAAGCAAGCGAAUUCUAACUCUCUCUCUAUCUCUCUCUUUCUCUGAGUUCCUUGCCAACAGCAAGACAAGAAUCAAGAUUUUUGAUUAUAAAUAGAGAAGUGGUGGAGGAAGCUGGAAAGGAAAACCCAGUCUGGGAUGGGCAUAAGAGGAAAGCAAAAGACAUGACAUGGUGUAAUGACUUAAACGAAAGAGCCCACCUUCAAAUUAUCUCUUCUCCACAAGAAAACAGUGUUGUCAACUCCAAAAUUGAUGAUGUUAAGACUUUAACUUGCCCUUCAUGUGGCCAUACCAUACAACUCCAAGAUCAGACGGGACUUCAUGAGUUACCAGGACUACCAGCUGGAGUGAAAUUUGAUCCUUCUGAUCAAGAAAUUCUUGAACAUUUGGAGGCAAAGGUGAUUUCCAAUGCCCGGAAAUUGCAUCCUCUUAUCGAUGAAUUUAUUCCAACAAUUGAGGGUGAAAAUGGGAUUUGCUACACUCAUCCAGAGAAGCUACCAGGAGUAGGCAAGGAUGGCCAGAUUCGCCACUUCUUCCACAGGCCCUCAAAGGCAUACACAACCGGGACUAGAAAGCGACGGAAGGUACACACCGAAACGGACGGUGCUGGAGAAACAAGAUGGCACAAAACUGGCAAAACCAGGCCUGUUUCAACAGGUGGAACCAUAAAAGGUUACAAGAAAAUCUUAGUCCUCUAUACAAACUACGGUAGGCAAAGAAAACCUGAGAAGACCAAUUGGGUAAUGCACCAAUAUCACUUGGGCAGUAACGAAGAAGAAAAAGAUGGAGAAUUAGUGAUCUCAAAGGUUUUCUACCAAACUCAGCCAAGACAAUGUGCUGGAUCAAGCAUUAUCAAAGACAAGAAAUCCAGCAGACAGGAUAGCAAUGUCCCAUUUGUGAAAAAUAAAGAUUUCGUUGAGUACUAUAAUACUAGUACUCCUUUUAUCUCAUACAGUAUCGGGAGCCAAAUUAGCGACAACCCACCUCAGGUUAUUCCUAAUUUUGUCGUGAAUGGUGAUGGGUCAACUUUUUUUCAGGUUUCUUCAAGUGCAAGCAAAGGCAAAUGAGGAAUAAGAUGGACGAAGGUGGUUUGCAUGUAUUAGGGUUAACAGUAAUAAUGACGCUUUUUAGUGGUAGUUGUUGCCUGUUGGGGAAAUAAUUAAAGUUGAGUUAUUUAUGGGGGAUGGUGGAAUAAAAUUGUUUUGAAUAGAGAGACAUUUCUUAUCAUGUAUGUAUACAUAUAUAUAUCUAUACAUUUAAGCGUCACGCCUAUAGUACAAUGAAACUGAUCUUGUAAUAUUUCUUUUUAACUUGAUAUUCUGUGAUCUUUGCAUGAUCUGUA